AUCAUAAAUUAAAUUAAAAUUUAUUUUAAAAUAUAAUUUAUUAACUAUAUUUAAAAUAUAAUAUAAACUACAAAAGAGUAAAAAUCUGUUUUAAUUUCUAGGUGAAAUUAUAUUCAAUGAAACAAAAAAAAGUACAGUACUAAAGAUUAUAUAAAGUUUUAUGUGACCAAAAAAAGAUAAUAAAGAUAAUAUCUAUAAGAAAAAUUUCUGAUAAUUCUAAAACGAUGAGAAACGUAAACAAAAGGAAAUAUACUGUAUAAGAAGACAUGUGAAAGCAAACAUAAAAUUUAGUUUGACUCAUUUGUUCGUUUUAAAAUGAGGUUUUUAGACCCAAAAUAACUAUUAAAAGAAGAAAUGAGGGUGCAAAAAGGAGAAUCGUUCUUGGGUAGAGGGGUCAAGAUAAGAGAUUUAGACCAACUGAGCAACUGUUACUCACAUAUUUAGGCUUAAGUUUUUUUUUUUAAUAUUUGAGUGGGGUCAGCUGACCCCCCUAGUGACCAGGUAGCUCCGCCCCUCAACUUAAGCAUUUUUAUUUGACUUUUAUUUCGAAACUGAAAGUUACAACUCCAUUAAGAGCAUCUCCAACCCCACUCUAUUUUUCACUCUAAAAUAAAGUUUAGAGUAGAAAAUGCUCCAAUGGUACUCUAUUUCUCACUCUAUAAUAGAGUGAAAAAUAGGUUUACUCCAAAUAUAGAGUAACUUGUUUUUUUUUUGUUCAUCACUCUAUUUUCUACUCUAAAAUAGAGUACCAUUAGAGCAAAAUCAAACUCUAUUAUAGAGUUACUCUAUUUUAGAGUAAAAAAUAGAGUAAGCCAUUGGAGAUGGUCUAAACUUAAUGAUGUUGUCAAUUUUUAAACACAAGGAUUUAUAACUAACUUUCUAUUGAGUUAUUACCUGUCGUUCAAGACCUUGAAUUUAUCUCCUAUUUUAGAAGAAAAAUCAGGAAAUACUAAUAUAAUGUUUAAUCUGCAUAUAGUAUUGUAUACACACGUAUUUUUCGUCUAGUUUUUUAAAGAUAGAUGUGAAGCAAGUUUGUCCAUGUAAUGGUCGAACACUAAGAUAUGCAAGGGUCCUACGAUGCAUAUUGGUCAAAGUCCAUUGGUACAUUAUUUUCAAUAUAAAAAAAUGAACAACUUGUAGUAACCACCACGCUUAACGCGAGUUUUAGCUUAAAGUAUUAACAUUGUCCUCAUUAAUAUUCUUUUUCAAGUAUAUUAAACCAACCACGAAGAGUAUCGGCCGGCUUAACAUAUAUGAAAAUUGUGGGUAAUUUUUCAUUAGAAAAAAAAAACUGAUUUCUUUUUGAAACAAUAGAUUAAAAAAAGGAGGAAUUGGAAAGGGACCUUUGAAGCUAGACGACGAUCAACGUGGUUGCCAAACACACUUUCUAAAAGUGUUAUAUAAAUGAUAUCCUCUGUUUCUUCUCAUCCAAGCGACAGUGUCUUUCAUUUUCUUCCUCAGUGUUUUAUUUCUUUGCGAUUAAGAUGGAAGGCGAAGUAGCACAGAAGAACACAAGAGGCAGCUGGUCACUGCUUCGACCAUUUCAAAUGAUAUCCAUUAGUCUUCUUAGCCUCCUCGUCCCUCUCUCCUUCCUCUUCCUUUCACGUCUCUCUCUCUCCUCAGUUCCCGUCACCGUCUCCCGCGUAUCCUCAUUUCUCCAUCAAGCCGAUGUCGGAGUCUUAUACACAAUCUUAUCUCUCAUCAUCGUCUCCACUUUAGUCAACAACCUCUCAGGAAAACCAGAAUGCUCUCUUUUGCAUUCCCAUCUCUACAUCUGCUGGAUCGUUCUCUUCCUCGUCCAAGCUUGUGUCGCCUUCGGAAUCGAAGGAAUCAUGAGCACCACCACGCCAACAAAUCCAGACGAAAACUUAUUUCUUGCAUCACAAGAAAGGUGGGUCUUGGUUAGGGUUAUGUUCUUUUUAGGGCUACACGAAGUGAUGAUGAUGUGGUUUAGAGUGGUGGUUAAGCCGGUGGUCGACGACACCGUUUUUGGGGUUUACGGGGAGGAGGAGAGAUGGUCGGAGAGAGCGGUCGUUGCGGUGACUUUUGGUUUAAUGUGGUGGUGGAGGCUAAGAGACGAGGUAGAAAGUUUGGUGGUGGUUGCAGAGGUUAAAUGUAAGCUUCUGGCUAGUUUGGAUGGUUUUGACUUUUUGAACUGGUGGAUGUAUUACAUAUGUGUUGUGAUUGGUAUGGUGAAGAUCUUCAAAGGUGUUUCGUAUUUCGUGAAUAUGUUCAUUUUGACCAUUAAGAGGUCGAGGAAAGGAUGUGAAUCUUGUGUUGUUGUUGAUGUUGAUCAUGUGUAAGACAUUCGACACUUUUUAGUGUCAAUUAAAGUUAAAAAAGAAAACUCAUUCAGUUGUUUUUUAUCAUUCUGAUUUCUGACGGACUUAACUAGAAUGUCAACAAAUAGUAUAAUAUUUUGAUAUUAACGAUAAACUAGACCCUGCGCAGAUAUGAAUUUUUGGUUUUUGAUUAUUUAUUUAACUAAAUGAUGUAUUUGUAAUAUUUGAUGUACUAUAUUCACGAACUAAAUAUUUUUUGGCAUCUUAAACCAUCUAUUUACGACGAAUAUUCAAUAUCAUAUAAAAAAUUGAACAAAUACACAAUUAGAUAAUUGUAGACGAUAUAUAAAAACAAUGGUUAUUAACGUAAAAUAUGAAGAAAUAUUAUAUUAUGAUUUAGUAUGACAUAAAAGAUUAUAAAUCAGUUAUACAUGUUUAAAGGAAAUACAAUGAUUUUUAAACUUCUAUGAAAAAUUUAACAUAUAAAAAGGGCGAUGAAUUAGUCAUCAAAUUGAAAAUAAUUUCAUAAUUUUAUUAAUAAUAAAUUAUUUAUAGUCUUUGUUUUUCGUCAAGAUAAUUAUUAAAUGUUCAUAACAUUAAUAUAUUAAAAUGCCGUAUUAUGAAAGCCCAUGUUGUAACCGUUUUUUUUUCGGGAAGUGUAACAAAAAAAAUUACCUUUAACUCUUCGUUUUGUUUAAGUUCUGUGUCGGUAAAAGAUUAAAAAAAAUCUGUCUAUCAUUUUCAAUGUUCAAUUUGAAGCUUAUUAUGCGAAAAUCAUACGCAAAUAUAGGCAAUUGGUUGGAAUUUCUAUAUCUUUAUAUUCUUACAAAUUUUAAAUUUAUUGUUUCCUCUUAUGCAAGCAAAUCAAUUACCAAAGUAAUAGAUCAAUUGGUUGGAAUCAAAUCUAUUAUUAUAAUUAGUGUAAUCAUGGUUACAAUUUCUAUAUUUAAUAGGUACAUUAAAGAUACAACAUUGAAGAUAUUUUGUUUUGAUUAAUAAAAGAUAUUGGAUUUUGAGUUAGUAUUUAUUGAUUUGUUUUUUUUUAUAAAGCUUAGAAAAUCAAUAGGAUGAUUGGUUAGUUGAUACAUCCUAUAAAGAAAAUGAAAACUAUAGGUGGUUUGAAUAUUGUACAUCGAUAGAUGCAUGAUGUAAGUUGACUAUAUAAAACUUGAGCAUGAUCAUUUCAAACUAAAGUAUAGUUAGGUUAUAUGCAUUUGUUAUAUUGUAGUUAAUAUAUUUUAAAUAUUACAUAUGUCAAGUGAUUCACGUUUUCGUAAAAAUAAAAUUCAAGUUCAUUAUUGGGUUGUACUCGUCCGUAAUAAGCUACGUUACAUAUGAUGUAUUUUUAGGUUUAUUUAAUGACAUUAAGUUUAAAUUUGAUUAAGGAAAACUCAUUAAUUUAAUUGGAAAAGACAAACAUU